AAGAAACAUGGGAGAAGAAAAGGGGCUUUAUUUACCUGGCGCAUCGCGUCUUGUUUUUUUCCCUACGUCCGCACGCUUAACGCGCAUCGCUCGCGUUUGUGUGCUUUUGCAUAUUUAUCGUGUGUAAAGAAAGAAGAAAAGAUUCACGUAUUAGUGCGCGAUAAAACCCGAUUAUCACAGCUGCGACAUCAUUCGAGAAGGAAUGUCACGGAAGUGUUGUAAUGAAUUUUAUUAAACCCGCUCAGCCAGCCUGCUGUUUUUCACGCCAGCUGCAUCGAUCCCGUUAGCAUUAUUGCGCCUUCGAUGGUGCAUUGUCAAAAAAAAGCAUAACAAACGGUCAACGGAUGGUGUUUCCACAUCGUCGCCUGUCCAGCGAACGCAGCCAAACACAGUGUGUAGGUGCACUUUGAUUCAGCUAAUGCACCACAAGCACAAGCACGGCUCACCCACGCAAGCGCAUACACAACCACGGAUCGCAUCGCUGGUUGUGUGGUGAGUGUGUGUCACGAAAUUCGACAUCCAUCCAGUGCACCCGUUCGUGACCCAGUUCGAAGUGAGGUGUUUUUGCUGGGAAGUACCAGCACCAAAACCAUGGCUUCUUCCAUUCACGAGAAAGAUCCAACGAACGGUAACGGAAUAGCCGGUAUGCCAGGAGCAGCAGCAGCAGCAGCAGCAGUGGCAGCGUCACACUGGUACGGGAAUGGAACGAAGGGCACAGACCUGCAGCGUCCCCGGAGGCUAUCGUUCAACGGGUCCGAUAUGGAGCUUUCCGACCUGAAGUGUGAUUCCAGUGAACAGCAGAGAGCACGGUCCGAGCAGGAGAAAAAUGCCAUCGAUACGAAACAAACGCUGGUGCUGCUGGCCGUCGCCACAACGCUUGCGGUUUCCAUCAAAUAUCUACUUCCGUCCCUCGAUUUAGCAUCGUAUCGAUCGAUCGGGUCCAGUGUCGUCGUAGUGGCGGACAAUGUGUGGCAAGACUUUUUGGACCGUUGCACCCGCCUGAGGCCACCGGCACUCUCGUGGAAGAUGGAGCAUGUGCUGCAGCAAAUAGAGAGCGCAUCCCACGCGCUGUAUGCGGUCGCGUUUGGGCUGCUGCUUUCGUCCUUUACCUGGUACAUCAUCUAUCUGGACAGCAGCAUUCCGGGGGUGAAUCCUCCGACUCCAUUUUCCGCUUCCAAGAAACGCUAUCGUGGCGGACCCUCCAGCAAGGAACGCCGCUUUCACUUACCGUACAUAACGGCCCUGUUGAGCGGAGUGGUGGGAUUUUUAAUUGUCCUUUUGGUAAAUGAGUAAGUGGCCCGCAUUUCCAGCGAUGGAAAAUGGACACACGCCAACACACUUCCGAAAAGUGCCUCGAAACGUGCAACUAUAGGGCAGAGGGCUAGUUGUGAACAGUGCUUUUUCGCAUUCCGGCUUACACUUCCUGUUCAUGUUUUCGAUCGGGUUUUUACACGCGCUUUGUGCACAAAAAAAAAACGGCAGCAGCAUAGUUUUGUAUUUAUUUUAGAUUAAUUUUAUGUACACUAACAGUUACGCUUGCGUUAUCGUUCCAACGGUGGACGAUGGGAAAUUAACGUGUAUUUUUGGAAAACGGAUCGGGUGUGUGAGAAAGUGAGGAAACUGAAUUCAUUUGUUUAUAAUCAACUAAUUCAGAUAUGUGUAUGCUAGAGUUCUUUUCUAGUAUUUUUUUAUCCAGUUUUUUUACAAUUGCAUCGCAUUAGUACAAAUAAUUAUCUUAUUUGUUUUUUCACUACCAAAAUAUGUUUCCAUCGUGCUCGAAUUCGAAUUAAAUAAAUUAAUU